ACUAUGAAGAUGGUAAUAAAAACCUGCAAAGGCCGCACUUAGAAGGGUGGCAUGAUGUCAAUAUAUGGGCACUAAUAGUAGAUCAUGGUCUAAGAAAUAUAGAAGACUUAGAGAUCGUGAGGUUACCUGGUUUUCCCUUAAUCGAACAGGCCCUGUUAGUUUGGGUGAACAGAGCCCUAGAGGCAAAUAUCACAAUUUCGGG